AUGUGGUGUAUGGAAUGGAUGCGGACUCGACUGAAUCGGAAGAUUCCAGUUGGAGUGCAGAAGCGGAUGCGGCGGGUGAAGUAUUGGUUGCUGGGAUACAGCAAGGAAGAAGUUAUGGCUAGAGAAACACUAUCUAACUACAAGAGCGGGUCGAUAAAAGAACUGGGCAUGCUUAUUGCAGGUGCCUUUAUGAGCCGGGUUUGUAUGGAUGCUUCAUUAAGGGUGGCAUUCGAGCGAUUGCGGGCUAAGGAGAGGGCGGGUAUUUCUAAGGCAGAGCAGUACAGUAAGUCACUUAUCUUUCUUCAGAAGGUUGGAAUGCAAAGUGAUAUCGCCAAGGAGGAAAUAAAGAGGAACUACCUGACUAUCCUGCCCUUUGUCUUCUACAACAACAAGGGAAGUAUAGCUGUAGACAUUAGAGUGGUUAGCAUUGCAGUACUUAAGCUGGCUAGCCAAGACCGGUCUUAUUACGUCCGCAGUGCAACCACGUACAUAACAUGCUUAUCCGAUCCUAAGGAAAAGGUCAAACUCAAAACCAAUAGUGAUCUUAGUUCGGGAUAG